CCCACCUACGACCGCAUGCGGCGGGCCAUCCCCCUGGCCAACCACGACCUGGGCGCCGGUGGUAGCAACGGGCUGGUGGAGAUCGAGCUCCUGGCGAGCGGGGACGGCGGCCGCGCGCUGCUGGAGCGGGUGCUCCAGGAUGACAGCGAGCGGUUUCUGCGGAGUUUGAGGGACCGGCUGGAUCGGGUGGGCAUCGAGCUGCCGAGUAUUGAGGUCAGGUACGAGGGCCUCAGCGUUGAGGUCGACGCGUUCGUGGGGAGUAGCGCCUUGCCCACGCUCUGGAAUGUUACCGCCAAUUUUCUCCGGAGUCUUAUUGGGCGGCUUGCCUCCUCCAACAAGAAAACCAUCAACAUACUCAGGAACGUCAACGGCAUCCUCAAACCUUCCAGGAUGACUCUUCUUCUUGGACCUCCUUCUUCAGGAAAGAGCACGCUUAUGAGAGCGCUUAGUGGCAAGCUUGAUAAAAAACUCAAGGUUUUAUCUCGUCUGUUUUUUUAUGCUUAUUAUUCUUUUUUCCUUCUUUUCUUUAUGGCCGGAUGCAUAGAAAUGAUCACCGUCUCUUUCAUGCCGCAGGUAUCUGGCAACAUUACGUAUUGUGGCCACAUGUUCUCGGAGUUCUACCCCGAGAGGACCAGCGCGUACGUCAGCCAGUACGACCUGCACAAUGCGGAGAUGACAGUGAGAGAGACAUUGGAUUUUUCCAGGCGCUGCUUGGGCAUUGGUUCCAGAUACAACAUGCUCACAGAGCUCGCUAAGAGGGAGCGCAACGCGGGCAUAAUGCCGGACCCUGAGAUCGACGCAUACAUGAAAGCUACCGCGGUGCAGGGGCAUGAGAGCAAUAUUGUAACAGAUCUUACUCUCAAGGUCCUUGGGCUUGAUAUUUGUGCUGAUACCUUGAUCGGUGAUGAUAUGAUCAGAGGGAUUUCUGGUGGGCAAAAGAAACGUGUCACAACUGGGGAAAUGUUAACAGGACCCGCAAGGGCUUUGUUCAUGGAUGAAAUCUCCACUGGUUUGGAUAGCUCUAGCACGUUUCAGAUUGUAAAGUACGUGAAGCAAUUGGUCCAUGUGAUGAAUGAGACCGUGAUGAUCUCCCUCCUACAGCCACCACCUGAGACGUACAACUUGUUUGAUGAUAUUAUUCUGCUAUCAGAUGGAUACAUAGUGUACCAUGGGCCACGUGAGAACAUCUUGGAAUUCUUUGAAGCUUCUGGUUUUCGGUGCCCUGCCAGGAAAGGAGUCGCAGACUUCCUUCAAGAGGUCACUUCCAAAAAAGACCAAGAACAAUACUGGUACCGUGAACAGGAACAAUAUCGUCAUGUGUCAGUCCCGGAGUUUGCUGAGAUUUUUAAGUCAUUCCAUGUAGGCCAGCAAAUGCUCAAGGACAUGCAAAUCCCUUUCGAAAAGUCCAAAACCCAUCCUGCCGCAUUGACCACCAAGAAGUAUGGCCUAUCCAGCAAGGAGUCACUCAAGGCAGUGAUGUCGAGAGAGGUGUUGUUGAUGAAGCGCAACUCAUUCAUCUACAUCUUCAAAGUCUCCCAGUUGAUCAUCCUUGGGCUCAUGGCCAUGACUGUGUUCCUUCGAAUAAAGAUGCCCAGUGGGCAGAUUUCUGACGGUACCAAAUUCUUUGGAGCCCUGACUUUCAACUUAAUCACCAUCUUGUUCAACGGGUUUGCUGAGCUACAGCUAACCAUAAAAAUGCUUCCUACAUUCUACAAACAAAGGGAUUUCUUGUUCUUCCCUGCAUGGACCUGGGGAUUGGCAAACAUCAUCUUAAAAAUUCCUGUUUCGCUUAUGGAGGCUGGGGUAUGGGUCACCCUCACAUACUACGUGAUGGGCUUUGCGCCUGCUGCAGGAAGGUUCUUUCGUCAGCUUUUAGCUUUCUUCGCUACUCACCAAAUGGCAAUGGCUUUGUUCCGAUUUCUGGGUGCUGUUUUGAAAUCAAUGGUUGUGGCCAAUACUUUCGGGUUGUUUGUGAUCCUUGUUAUUUUCAUAUUUGGAGGAUUUCUUAUCCCUAGAGAUGACGUCAGACCAUGGUGGAUAUGGGCUUACUGGUCAUCUCCUCUGUUGUACAGUCAAAAUGCAAUAUCUGUCAAUGAAUUCCUUGCCAGUAGGUGGGCCACUCCAAACACCGACACUUCUAUUGAUGCACCAACAGUAGGCAAGGCUCUUCUUAAAUCGAAAGGACUUUUUACUACUGACGGGGGCUUCUGGCUCUCCAUAGGAGCCAUUAUAGCAUUCACAAUCUUGUUCAACAUCUUAUACAUUUUGGCCCUUACGUACUUGAGUCCAAGUGGCACCUCAAACACACUAGUUUCAGACAAUGAGAAUGAUUCAGAAGCCAAUGUAUCAUCUACUAUGGCAUCUUCAAUACCCAUGGGUACUAACGGAUCCACAAAUAGGCCAAGUCAGUCAGGAUUUGUCUUGCCUUUCCAGCCUCUUUCACUUUCUUUCAACCAUGUAAACUAUUAUGUGGACAUGCCUCCGGAAAUGAAGGAGCAAGGAUUUGCGGAAAGUCGUCUCCAGUUGCUCACUGAUAUCAGUGGUGCUUUCAGGCCAGGUGUUUUGACAGCAUUAGUUGGCAUGAGUGGAGCUGGAAAGACCACUCUAAUGGAUGUCCUGGCAGGAAGGAAAACUAGUGGGUCUAUUGAAGGAAGUAUCACCCUCUCUGGUUACCCUAAAAAACAAGAAACUUUUGCCCGCAUUAGUGGCUAUUGUGAACAGAAUGAUAUCCAUUCACCAAAUGUUACUGUAUAUGAGUCCAUUCUCUACUCAGCCUGGCUGCGUCUUUCAUCAGAUGUCGAUGACAAAACCAGAAAGAUGUUUGUGGAGGAAGUCAUGACCCUUGUAGAGCUUGAUGUGUUGCGUAAUGCUAUGGUUGGUCUCCCUGGAGUUGACGGGUUAUCGACUGAACAAAGGAAGAGAUUGACAAUUGCUGUGGAGCUGGUAUCAAAUCCUUCAAUCAUAUUCAUGGAUGAGCCAACUUCUGGUCUUGAUGCUAGGGCAGCAGCGAUUGUCAUGAGGACGGUGCGAAAUACAGUCAACACUGGGCGUACUGUGGUUUGCACAAUCCAUCAACCCAGCAUCGAUAUAUUCGAGUCUUUUGAUGAGGAAAUUCCAGGUAUUGAAAAGAUCACAAAAGGAUAUAAUCCUGCAACAUGGAUGUUGGAAGUUAGCUCCCCUCUAGCCGAGGCUCGUUUGGAAGUAAAUUUUGCUGAAAUUUAUGCUAAUUCCGAUCUUUAUAGGAAAAACCAAGAACUUAUUAAGGAAUUAAGCAUUCCCCCGCCAGGCUAUGAGGAUCUCUCAUUUCGUACAAAAUAUUCUCAGAACUUCUACAACCAGUAUGUUGCAAACUUCUGGAAGCAAUACAACUCUUACUGGAAGAAUCCACCCCACAACGCAAUGCGCUAUCUUAUGACUUUGUUGUAUGGUCUUGUAUUUGGCACGGUGUACUGGCAAAAAGGAACAAAACUAGAUUCACAGCAAGAUUUGUUCAAUCUACUUGGAGCCACUUAUGCUGCUCUCUUCUUUCUUGGGGCCGCUAAUUGCUUCACGGUUCAACCUGUUGUGGCAAUUGAGCGAACUGUUUUCUACCGUGAAAAUGCGGCGGGCAUGUAUUCUCCAUUAUCCUAUGCAUUAGCUCAGACAAGCGUGGAGAUCAUCUACAACAUUGUUCAGGGGUGUCUAUACACACUUGUCAUCUAUCCGAUGAUUGGAUAUGAUUGGAAAGCUGACAAGUUCUUCUACUUCCUGUUCUUCAUUAUAACAAGCUUCAACUACUUCACAUUUUUUGGCAUGAUGUUGGUGGCAAUUACCCCAUCCGCGAUGCUCGCAAGCAUACUAGUAUCCUUUGCGUUACCUCUUUGGAACCUGUUUGCCGGAUUCCUUGUCGUUAGGACGAUGAUACCAAUCUGGUGGAGGUGGUACUACUGGCUCAACCCGGUGUCCUGGACCAUCUACGGCGUCGUCGCAUCACAGUUUGGCGAGAACACGGGUACUCUUAAGGUCCCCGGUGGGGAACCGGUUUUGGUGAAGCAAUUUCUGGACGACAAUCUGGGAAUACGGUACGAUUUCCUCGGCUACGUUGUGCUAGGCCACUUUGCCUAUGUCGUUGCCUUCUUCUUCGUGUUCGGCUAUUCCAUCAAGGUCUUGAACUUCCAGAAACGUUAG